GUCAGGGGGAACCGCGCGAAGCAGUAAGAAAUCGGUAUAUUGUGUUGUUCUUAUUCAGUAUUCUGUGAUUGCCUCUCACCCGGCAGUCCUGUUUACAUGACGUAUGUCUCGUGCAGUCAAGAGCAGGAGGUGCCUGUUGAAAUAGGUAAGAGCACUGCACCAACACACGUGGCACACAUGACCUCUAUACUCCAUAAACAGUCACAAUUAGAGCCCCAAAAGCCAACACAACAAAGAGUAGAGGGGAGCAGAUCUGGAUCGAUGCGAAAAGCGGUGGACGCCGCUGUUCGCAAGAUGAGCGAGACCAAAAGUGAAGAGAACGCGGAGGCGCUCUGGUUUUCAAGACUGGCGAGGACCGUGAGCCAUGAGCUUGCGCAUUGUUUCGCGUUCGAUCAUUGCGUAUAUUAUGCGUGUAAUUCGCAGGGUACGGCAGGACUGAGGGAGGAUGUGAGGCAGCCACCUUAUUUGUGUCUGGCGUGCGAGACAAAGAUCAGUCAUGCUAUAGUGGUUGAAGGUUUGAAUGGAAGUGAGGAGAGGAGGAAGGCCUAGCUUCGGAACCGGUGCGCGAAGUUGCGAGAGUUCUGCAAGAGCGUUGAGAGGAACAGAAAAGGGACUGCGAUAUGGA